AUGUCUGAUAAUCAAAAUCCUAUUCCAUCACCAACUUUAUGUAAACUAUCGCGUACUUCUGACAAAAUGUAUACACCUUGCCGUAGAGUAGGACUCAAGAGGAAGUCCACUGGUACAUUAACUCCAAAAACUAUACCAAAGAAACUAAAAGUUAAUGAUGAUCUGAAUUUGUCCACUGAAUUUGGUGAAAAUGUAGAAACACUAAAUAAUAUCCCAACAAACGAAUCAAUUUCAAAAUUGGAGUCUGAAGAUGAGACGCCAUCAAAUUUAUUAGAUAAACGCCGCGUUAUAGAAGAACUCAAGUCUGAACUCAAAAAUAGUGAACAGCAUAAUUUAGAUCAAAUAAAAAAGCUAUCAAAAAAAUGGUUAAAUGUUUGUCAAGAGGCUUUGACAUCACUAUUCAAUAAAUUGAAUGAAAAAGAAAAUUCCAAUUUACAUACUAUAGAAGAUUUAAUUAGAAGUUUAGGCAUUUGUCCUGAUUUAAUUCAAUUUGAUUCAAAUAUUCAAGAGUUUUACUAA